GGAGUGCGUCUCAGCGGCGCCGCCAUUUUGUGCUGUCCGACCGCUUCGCGCUGCUCUCUUUUCCCCUCAGCACCGCGGCGGCCCAAUGGCAGAGUGUCAGUCAGCGGCCGGGCCCGGCGAGCCCGCGCUCCUGGGCGGAGGGGUAGCCCCCGGCUCAGAGCCUGAGACCCGGCGUCUGAGCGAGCUGCGCGUGAUCGACCUGCGGGCCGAGCUCAAGCGCCGCAACCUGGACAGCGGCGGCAACAAGAGCAUCCUCAUGGAGCGGCUCCGCAAGGCCAUUGAGGAGGAAGGGGGAAAUCCUGAAGAGAUUCCAGUCGUUUCAGACAUAACGGUCAAGAAAACUCCAAAGAGAAGCAGCAAAGGGCGCAAACCAGAGGAAGAGGGUGUUGAAGAUAAUGGAUUGGAGGAGGAUUCUGGAGAUGGACAGGAGGAUAUUGAAGCAAGUUUGGAUAACUUGCAGGAUAUUGACAUGAUGGAUAUUAGUGUGUUAGAUGAAGCUGAAAUAGAUAAUGGCAGUGCUGUAGAUUGCGGAGAGGAUUACAGUGCUGAUAAUAUUCUUGACUCACUGUCUGAUAGUAAAGAAAAUGAUGAUGCAGAAAUGAAAGAACUUCCAGAUCAGCCUACAGAAUAUCCUGUAGGUAACUUGGAGGCAUCUCCGCAAUUAUCAGAAAUUAAAGAAGAAUCAAGAGAAAUACCAGUAGUGAUGGCAGAGAGUGAAGAUGUUGGGAACUGUUUAGAUGCUACUUCAUCUGAUUUGAUUAUUGUAAAGGAAAUCGAAGAACUGCCUUUGGAGCCAGGUACUGAGUUAGUUUUGUUUCUGAUUAUUCUUUGUUCACUAACAUUAUUUUUUGUCUUUAGCUCUAUUGAGGAUGCAGAGACAAAGACAGUCUCAAAAGAUGAGAAAGGUCGUGCAAGUAGCAGUUCUGGUAGAAAUUUGUGGGUUAGUGGACUUUCCUCUUCUACCAGAGCUACGGACUUGAAGAACCUUUUCAGCAAGUAUGGAAAGGUGGUUGGUGCAAAAGUAGUAACUAAUGCUCGCAGUCCUGGUGCUCGCUGUUACGGUUUUGUUACGAUGUCCACAUCUGAGGAAGCAACCAAAUGUAUUAGUCACCUCCACAGAACAGAGCUACAUGGAAAAAUGAUCUCUGUAGAAAAAGCAAAAAAUGAACCAGCUGGGAAAAAACCUUUAGACAAAAAAGAAAAUGAAGUAAAGAAGGAAAAAGACAGACACCAUUCUACAGAUUCCAAGUCUGAAAAGUCUGUCAAUAUUAAAAAGGAUGAGAAGACAGACAAGAAAGAUGAUGCUAAGAAAAUGGAAAAAGAUGGCAAAGAUGAAAAAGAAGGAAAAGAGAAAGAUGAACAGAAAACAGGAGUCACGGAUCGCUCGAGGAUAAGCAAAUCAGGAAGUCGAGGAACGGAAAGGACAGUGGUGAUGGAUAAAUCCAAAGGAGAACCAGUUAUUAGUGUGAAAACUUCUACUACAUCAAAAGAAAGAAGCACUAAGAGCCAGGACCGCAAAUCGGAGAGCAAAGAGAAACAAGAUAUCUUGUCAUUUGAUAAAAUCAAAGAACAGCGAGAACGUGAACGCCAGCGACAGAGAGAACGAGAAAUCAGAGAAACAGAAAGACGACGGCGAGAGCAAGAACGGCGAGAGAGAGCACAACGUCUUCAAGCCAUUCAUGAACGGGAUGAAAGACAGAGGCUCCAGAGAGAGCGUGAGCGACUUGAAUUUCAAAGGCAGCGUCUUGACAGGGAACGUAUGGAGAGGGAGAGACUGGAAAGAGAGAGGAUGCAUAUAGAGCAAGAGAGGAGAAGAGAACAGGAGCGCAUUCAACGGGAGAGAGAGGAGCUGCGGCGCCAGCAAGAACAGCUGCGCUAUGAACAAGAGCGGCGGUCUGCACUGAGACGACCGUAUGACCCUGAUGGAAGGCGGGACGAUCCGUAUUGGCCAGAGGCAAAACGAAUGGCGAUGGAUGAUAGAUACCACUCUGACUUCAGCCGCCAAGAGCGCUUCCAUGAUUUUGACCACAGGGAACGUGGCCGUUACCAAGACCAUUCUAUAGACAGGAGAGAAGGUUCAAGGGGAAUACCAGACAGAGAUUCACAGCAUUAUCCAGAUGAGCGGCACGGAGGACCAGAACGCCAUUCAAGGGAUGCACGAGACAGUUGGGGCAGCUACGGGUCUGACAGAAGAAUGAGCGAAGGGAGAGGGAUCCCCCCACAGUCCCGAGAUGGACGUGACUGGGGAGAUCAUGGUCGAAAGUUAGAGGGGCAUCAAGAUCGUUCAUGGCAGGGAAAUGUGGAUGGAGGAAUGAUGGGACGGGAUCAUGAGAGAUGGCAAGGUGGUGAAAGAGGUAUGCCUGGUCAGUCAGGACCAGGCCAUGUGAUGAAUCGAGGAGGAAUGUCAGGGCGUGGGGGCUUCAUUCAGGGUGGAAACCAGAACCAGAUGAUGCAGAGUAGUGGAAUGCAAGGGUUCGCAGGGCAGGACAGAGCAAACAGACCCAACGAUCCACGCUUCACCCGCCGCUACUGAAAAUUUUAAUUUUCUUUGAAUGCAAGAUGGCGACAGUGGUGAAUUCUGUUACCCAGGGUCACCGUCAAUUUAUGUAAUUAAAGAAAUUGCUGCCAUAUUGUAGCUGAAAUACUAUGUGAACUCAUUUGUUUGUUCAGCUUUUUUUUGUAAUAAAUGUGUUCUUGUUCCAAAACCACUUAAGUUUCUGUUAAUGAAACAUUCCAUUUUUCAUAAAUAAUAAAAUCAGUUUACAGCUAA